AUGUUUCAGUACAUAAUAGGCUUCGUGGCAUUUCUCGUCGUCUUUUCGAAUCCCAUCGGCGACUUCUUUUAUCCAGACCGCGCCACUCAAGUCAAAGAAGCCUCACCGCGUCCAAAAUUCAAUGAGUCGCUGCUAGCUAUUGAUGCGCCGAAUGCGACAGCGGCCGAGUGUGCGCCUGACGGCUAUUUGGCUAGGAUAGUUAGCAGAGAGCCUCUGAUUGUAUAUUUGGAAGGGUUUUUGAGCCGGGAAGAAAGGGAGCAUCUGCUGGAGAUAAGUGAACCAAUCUUUGUACCAUCAACCAUCACCAACAAUGGCGAUGCAACUCAUCGCGACGCCUCAGUACGCGACUCUGACGUUGCUGUCAUCCCAAGAACUGACCCCGUCCGGUGCAUCGAGUCUCGUACCCGUGCCCUUCAAGGCUGGCGCCCGGAGCUUUGGAUUGAGCGUCUGAGGACUCAACGCUAUGGGCCAGGCGGCCACUACAACCACCACUUUGACUGGAGUCACAACUCGCGUGGAUGGGGCCGCGUGAGUAGUCUCAUGGCAUGGGCUGGGGGCUCUGAACACCUCAAAGGUGGUGGUACCGAGUUUCCCCUGGUGAAAAGGCCUGUUGGAAAAGAGUGGUGUCGCUUCAUAGAGUGUGCAGAUGGGGAAGAAGAUAAGAGUGAGCUAGGUGUUGUGUUCAAGGUUGUUCCGGGGAAUGCAGUGUACUGGGAGAAUUUUGCAUCGGAUGGAAGGGGCUAUGAGGAGACUUGGCAUGCUGGGCUCUCUGUUGAUGAAGGAACCAAAGUCGGGCUGAAUAUCUGGGGGUUUGGGCGAAUUUGA